AUGAAGGGAAGAGAAGAUUGUCAAGAACUGAAACCAAAAGAGACUCAGGCGUCUUUGGGAACUACUGUGAUAGCGGUAACAAUUCUUCUUGUUUAGCAGAGUCACUGUUAAUGUACUUGUUUUUUGUAUUGCGCGUUGUGUUUUUCAUGUAAUUGUGUAUAUUGUGACGGGGUACAUGUACGAUGCUCGGCGUCGGGAUUUUGCAUUAUCAGCAAGUUUUGUGUUAAGAGUGUUUUGAUGUCAGUGACUUGACGACAAGAAAAGAUAAUGAGUCAAUUGUACAGGAGGAAAAUUGUUUUGUGGAGGAAAUAAAAGAAGUUGAAUUGAGAUCUCGUCAUGGGAAAUUUAUUUAUGACAGAACUUACAAUCCAGUUGGUUUAAAUAAGGUUAGUCAUUUUUCUCGACGCGGUCGUGCACCUAGAAGA